AUAAGCCGAUAUCCCAAGAGAAUAAAUCAAUAACGAUCAAUGAAUUCGAAAUCCUUGGGAAGCAUCAAUUCCUGGUGUAUCAACAGCUGAUAUAACAGGAUAUUUUCAUGUCGUCCCUCGCAACACUGCCUUUACCAUCCAAAAACGCAUAACACAUGGGAGUAGUUCACUGAAAUAUAGUUAUAUCGAACUUAAAGACGCCUUUCACUUGUUGCUCACCUCUUAUCAUCCCGUGUUGUGGUGAAAAAAAUCGAAGGAAAGGGAAGCGGAAAUAUUGAGGUCCUUCUGACGUGCCUCUAGUAGAAAGUUGACGGCUCAGUUGAGGUCGAGCUCGUUGAGAUGCUCUUGUCUGCACUAUUUCUAUCGCGGAUCAGUCGAAAGUGAAUUUAAUUGUCAUUCCAAGAAGAUGACAGAUGCACCGGCAAAGUGAUAAUGAGAGUGAUUAACUGAUAAUAAGGAUUCCCCGUUUGUCAUUUCAAAUAUCAACCAGAAUUGUUUUUACAUUGCUGCCUGAUGCAACAAUCUGUAAAACCUAUGAAUUGUUUUCAUGAAUCUGCGAAAUAGGAAAGUUUGAUGUAUCAAAUUCCCUGAGUAUUUCAAAUAUUCUGAAGACAUGUGUACGUCGAGGGAGAUGGAACCGACAGAGAAACAUAAGAAAAUGGUCCCAGUGAUUUUCUGCUCACUGAUCCUUGAUCUCCUGGCUUUUACCAUGAUCUUGCCGCUGUUACCGGCGUUGCUAGAUCAUUACAAGAGCCGCGAGGACGACGGAUUGUAUUCCUGGAUUCUAGGGUGCAUUGACAGUGUUCAGAUAAGACUGAAUGCCCCCGAGAGAUUCACUUCUGUUUUAUUCGGGGACAUUAAACGCUUUCUAAAAGAAGGAAGGCAAGAGUUGUCUGUUGUUGUCCUCGCAAAAAGUAUCAAAUAAAUUAAUGAAUUAGUGAAAAAAUUGCUAAAGACUCUUUGAGGGAGGAAAUAGGCUCCAAGUUUCAUCGGAUCGAUGUACUCACUCCUGCAAUUUCUGAGCAUGCCGAUUGUUGGAGCUCUCUCAGAUAUCUAUGGACGGAGAAUAAUGAUGUUGCUAUGCUUAACAGGAGUCACCAUUUCGUAUUUACUGUGGGCAUUAUCGCACAAUUUUAUGAUUUUUGUAGUAGCGAGGCUCGUGGGCGGUGUUAGUAAGGGAAAUAUUAGCUUAUCGAUGGCUAUCAUCACGGAUGUCACGUUACCGAGUAAGAGAGGACGGUCUAUGGCAUUAGUUGGGAUAGCAUUCUCAAUAGGAUUUGUGUUGGGUCCGAUAAUAGGGGUCCUGUUCUCGAAGCUAUCGAGUGAAUCGAGGGAUGAUUAUUGGUACGUCUACCCCGCGUUGUUCGCCUUCACCCUUUCCCUGGCGAAUCUAGUGUACGUCAGUAUUUCCCUCGAGGAGACGUUGAGCAUCAAAAAACGUUCAAAAUCCCUUGCAAGAGGGCUCUCCGGGGCGAUCAUGUACAUAAAUCCAGUGGAUUUAUUUCAAUUCAAUGGAGUGAAUGCUUUAGAAGCCAGUGACUUGAAACGCCUGAGAACACUGGGACACACGUAUUUUUUGUAUCUAUUCAUAUACAGUGGACUGGAAUUCACUCUGACAUUUUUAACGCAUCAUGCCUUUGGCUUCACCAGCAUGCAACAGGGCUACAUGUUUUUGAUGAUAGGGGUGACUAUGGCGACACUUCAGGGGGGAUUUGUCAGGCGAAUUCCAUCGGAAAAAACGAAAUUUUUCACUGAACUCGGCCUGUGGCUGAUAAUUCCAGCGUUCGUAAUAAUCGGUAUUGCGAGCUCGAUCAGUGUCCUCUACAUCGGAAUAUUUAUUUUCUCAGUGUCAACCGCAAUGGCUGUUACGUGUAUGUCGACAUUGGUAAGUCGAAUUGGCCCCGAGCAUCAGAAGGGUACCAUUACCGGAAUAUUUAGGUCACUGGGAGCAUUAGCACGUGCCAGUGGACCGAUUGUCGCUUCCAUAGCAUUCUGGGGCAUUGGCAGCACUGUAACUUAUUUGUUUGGAGGUCUAGUUCUCAUUUUGCCUCCUUUGAUACUCCACACUGUGAAUAUUGUAGAUGAUAAGAAGAACAGCUGAUGACGAGAUUAUUUAACGGAUUUUCAUGAAGUUUUCUUAAUGCAAUGGGGAGGAGGAUUUUCUUAUUUCGUUUAACUCUCUUUGUUCACUUUACUUCGAAGAAAAACUUAUGAUCAAAGUAUUUACUGUUCGUAUGAGAUAUGAGUUAAGUGGGAGAAUGAAAUAAAUUAUAUUUGAUUACAAAUUA